AGGUGAUACCCACAAACAACCUUAAUUGAAAUUGUCACUGGUGUUUCAGGAUUCAUAGCCUUGUCAUAGAGGCUAGAGGUAUCGGUAAAGUUGUUUUUACUAAUAAUUAUUGUGGGUGACGGAUGAGAUACCGGUAGUUAAAAUUUAUGGUUCGUUAAUUAGUCAACCCUCUAGCUGGCUAUUUUACUAUAUUUUUGUGGACGAAGUAUUGCUUUUGGUUAAGUUAAUGUAUGUUGUAUACUUGUUCAUUUAUUGAUAAUGAAUCGUGUUAUGAUAUGUGUGUUAUUUAAUUUGAAUUAUAAGUCUGCUCAAUUUUACUUUUAAGCCAGUUUAAAGGGUAAACCGUAGUAAUAUAAAUAUAAUACGAAGUGGCUAUUCGGACCCUGAAAAGAGUGAGAGUUGAGAGGUUGGGUUUAUUAAAAAAAUAUUUAAAAUAUUAUUUUUGAGUUUUCAAGACAAAAUUUGGUAGUUAUAUGUUUGUAAACUUACUUCUUCGGUUUAACUAAAAUAAACUACCACAAAUGACAUCCGAAUAGCAUUUAGUCUAAAGGGACCCUGGUCCAAAUAACAGCUACUGUUUUUGUGUGUGCAGUGAGUCAGUGAGUGUGUUAUAAUCAUAAGGCCCCACCCUUUUAGAGCCUUUUUCCCUUGUGUGUUUUUGUUGAUCUCUUCUAAAUAGCUUAAAAUUAAAUCGCACAAAUAUGCCAGGAUUGCUAGGUUUGCAAGGAUUCAGGUAGUGGUACGGCUGGCAAAGUCUUCCCUGCUAUUUAUAUAGGUCAUAGGGACUCCCUAUGUCCUAUGUUUAUAUAGUAUAGUUAUAGUUCCCUAUUUGUUUGUCUGUUCUUCUCUUAUCAUUAACAGAUGAACACAUUAAAAUUAGAAACCACAAUUUUGAAAAAGUAAAGCAAUUAAUGAAUUAAAAUACCUAGGAUCUUUAUUAAAUGAAAGAAAGGAAUUACUAACAGAAAUACAAGAUAGAAUAUCAGCCGGAAACAGGGCAUAUUUCAGUAUUCCGAAAAUACUGAAAAUUACAAACAUUACAAGAAAAAGAAAGAGAACUACUUAUAAAACUGUAAUCAGGCCAGUUGUAAAAUAUGCAAGUGUGAUGUGGAUCCUAACAAAAAUAGCAGAAUACCUUUUGAAAGAUUGGGAGAGUACCGUCCUCCUGAUAAUACAUGGACCAACAAAGGAUGAAUAUGGAUGGAGAAUACGAACCAACCAGGGAUUAUAUAGUCUAUAUCCAACGCUAGUAGCAGAAAUAAAAAGGGCAGGCUACGCUGGACACUUAGAGAGAAUGCCUAAUGACAGAGUUGUGAAGAUGGUGCACCACCAAAACCCUAGAGGUAAAUUGCAAAAAGGCAGACCUAGGCUUAGAUGAAUGGAUGUGUAAAAAGACCAACAGCAUCUGGGAAUUCAAGCAUGGAAAAGAAAAGCAUCAGUUAGUUCUGAGUGGAAGGAAGUAGUGAGGCAGGCCAAAGCCCUACAUGGGCUGUAGUGCCACAGGGAAGGAUGGAAAGUUCCAUAUUUAAAAUAUUAGGAUUUUGAGCUCUAUACUAAUUUGAUACAAUUUUCUCUCACCCCACAAAACCUUUUUAAAUAUUUGUUAUUUCUGCCUUGAAAGUGUGGAGAAAGGCACUAUUAGUACUACCACCAAGCAUUAGUGUUAGUAAAAUAAAAUUGUUUAUUCUAUAAAUUUUAAUAUUAUAAAAAUUGAUUUGUAAAUUUAAUAAAUUUCAGACUUUGACAUCUAAUUCCACAUCGCAAAUAAUGUCACAGUACAGACAUCAAUACCCACAGCAAGGUAAAAAUUAAUGAUUAUUAAAUGUGUUAGGCCAUAUGAUUUAAAAUAUUUGAAAUUAGUUUUAAUCGUGUACCCAUUCGUUUUUAAAGUAAGUUGACAGUUAUGUUGAGGUAAACAUUCAUGUAUGCGUAAUUUGUUUAAAAGAAAUUUGUUUGAUGGAAUUUGUUUGAACAAAAGUUUCUUCCAGAUGAAUUUUGUAAAAAGAUUUAUUUAAGCUUUUAGAUAAAAGUUUAUUUUUGGCAUUUUUUCCCAAUUAUUUAAUUUUGAACCAACUUCUGUUCUAAUUCCUGUUCGCACAAUUUUCCAUAAAAAAAAAAAAAUUCUAUUGAACAAAGUUCCAGUAACCAAACAUUCAUGGCCUCUGUACAUGAACUGCAUUUGUAUCUGAAUAUUGUUUUUUAAUUGUGAUCUUGAUUUCAAAUUGUUUGAUCCACCAAACAUUGUCAUGGUUGCAAUAUGUGAACAUACAUAUUUUCAAUAGCUAUUUAUUACCAGGAUCAGUUCAAGUUGACCUAUGAUUAUUGCAUGUUUUUUAAAAUGAAAAUUGAUGUAGGGAUUUUAUUUGUGCUACAUACUAACAUAACAAGAUCUCAUUGAGAGAGACAGAUCUAAAACACAUGAGUUAAUUUUAUUUCUGCCUUGAAAGUGUGGAGAAAGGCACUAUUAGUACUAUUAUUAUUAUUAUAGAUACUUUAUAAACAUUUUUUGAGAUUAAGGCCAAAUGAGGAUCAAAAUUAAUUGCUGCAUGUUUCCUGGUUGCUCAGCAAUUGAUCUCUUGAAAAAUAAUUAUAUUUUAAUGUGGCUGGAAUAUUUAUUUAUUUAUUUAUUCAGGCAUUUUUAUAUAGCGCUUACCUUAAAGCUCUAAGCGCUUUACAAUUAUUAAAAACAUGUAAACUAAGUGAAAUAAAAAUGAGACACUAGGAUAGUAACUACUAUACUAUAGAAGCAAUUAAAAUGGCUAUAAAACGAGGACACUUUGGAAAUGAUAAUAUCUUUGUUUAAUCCGCCAAAUACUUCAUUCUUAUCAUUUAAGUGUUUAGACCUUAGGCUCUCAAAGAAGCAUUGGGUUAAUUUAAGCCACCAAAAUCUGGGUCAUUUCUCAUGAUUAUAUGCUGAAAAUUGUUUAUACUAACUAUCAAACAAACAAGAAAUUGUGUUUAUAAGCUUCACUCAUUUUAUUUAAAUGAGACUAGAACUUCAUACCUUCAGAAUAGAAUAUCAUAAUGUAUGUAUAUAUAUAUAUAUAUAUAUAUAUAUAUAUAUAUAUAUAUAUAUAUAUAUAUAUCUGUUUUUAUCUCAUUAGUGCAAUAACAAAAUACCGCCCCUGGUUUGUUCCCUAUACAUUUUAAUAUAUAUAUAAUUUAUUUUUUUUAUAUAAAUAUAUAUAUAUAUAUAUAUAUAUAUAUAUAUAUAUAUAUAUAUAUAUAUAUAUAUAUAUAUAUAUAUAUAUAUAUAUAUAUAUAUAUAUAUAUAUAUAUAUACCUGUUUUAAUCUCAUUAGUGCAGUAACAAAAUUCCGCCCCUGGUCUGUUCCCUAUACAUUUUAAUAUACUUAAUGAUUAUUUUUUUUAUAUAAAAAUGUUCUUAAAACAGAAAUUGAAAAUAUAAUAUUUGUCUUCAGCCGGAAUUAUCUUUGAUUUAAAAAAAACAAACAAAUGUAAGUUAUCAGGUGUUAUGUGCUCAGUUUAAAAUCAAACCCAAGAAUUAACAUUUCAUUUUGUUAAGCAGGUCAGCCUCCAGGCCCUUAUCCUGCCCAAGGUCAAGCACCAUACCCAGCCCCAGGGCAAGCACCAGCCCCAGGGCAAGCACCAUACCCUGCUCAAGGUUAUGCACAAUAUCCUGGCCAAGGUCAAUAUCCUGCCCAAGGUCAGGCACCACAUCCUGCCCCUCGUCAAGCCCCAGGCCAAGCACCAUAUCCUGCUCAAGGUCAAGCACCAUAUCCUGCACCAGGUCAGGCACCAUAUCCUGCCCAAGGUCAGGCACCAUAUCCUGCCCAAGGUCAUGCACCAUAUCCUGCCCAAGGUCAGGCACCAUAUCCUGCCCCUCGUCAAGCCCCAGGCCAAGCACCAUAUCCUGCUCAAGGCCAAGCGCCAUAUCCUGCACCAGGUCAGGCACCAUAUCCUGCCCCUGGUCAAGCCCCCUAUCCUGCCCAGGGCCAAGCACCAUACCAGGCACAGGGUCAGGUGCCAUACCAGGCCCCAGGCCAGGCACCACACCCUGCGCAAGGUCAUGGACAACCUCCAGCACCUCAGAAUUAUGGCAGUGUACCCAAUCAAGGUAUUUAUCCUUUAAAAUAUUGGAAUUUUUUUGUUUUUAAAGUUUUCAACAAUUGUUGUAUCAGCAAUGUGUAUAGAUUCAGAGACAAUCAUCAUUUUAGCUUACUUACGCAUAAAUCAGACACCUCCCUAUGUGCACCCAUAUUAAGUUUCCUAAUGCAUUCACCACUCCUCUUCCUUCAAUGUAAUUUUAAUAUGUAUGAACCCUCACAUCAGCAGUUAGGAAGAAUAAAAAAUCGGAAGGAUUAAUUUUUUUUGCUGUAAUGAUUUCAUUUUUCUACGAUUACAUUUUUCUCUUUUUUUUUUUAGGUGGCAGGGUGGUUAGACCAGGAACUGAUCAGUUUAAAUCUAGAGUAGAGAUUCACAUUGAGUGUAAGAACCUCUUGAACAAGGAUUUGCUCUCCAAAUCUGACCCAUGUGCUGCACUGUACAUGAUGAGAGGAGGGAGGUGGGAAGAGGUGGGUUUCAACGGUCACUAACUGUGGCUAAUUCAUUCAUAACCUAUUUGUUCUAAUUCUUUGGUUUAUUACUGGUUGUUCUGUAUGUCUUUUUUUUUUCUUUUUUCUUUUUUUCUUUUUUUUUUUUUUCUUUUUUUUUUUUUUUUUUUUAUUUUUUUUAUUUUUUUUUUUUUUUUUGUUUUUUUUUUUUUUUUUUUUUUUUUCUUUUUUCUUUUUUUUUUUUUUUUUUUUUUCUUUUUUUUUUUUAAUAACUUGUAACUGAAGUAGAAUUUUCAGUUAAAUGUCUACAAAUGAGCAGACCUCUCAUGGUGUUGCUUGCUAGAGUAUUAAAUUAGGUAGUGUUUUUAUUCCUACAGACAAGCACUCCUCUUACUCAGGGUGCUCCUUCUCCAUAAAUAUAUUAAUCUGUAUACCCUUUUUUCAGCUUGGUAGAACUGAGAAUGUCAUCAACAAUCUCAACCCAAAGUUCUCACGCUGCUUUGUGGCCAACUACUUCUUUGAGGAGGUUCAGAAAGUUCUCAUAGCAGUGUACGACAUUGAUAAUAUCACUCCGCAACUCACUGACGAUGAUUUCCUGGGCCAGCUGGAGACCACUCUUGGACAGGUAAAACAUAUUUUGGAAAAUAUUGAUACAACGCACCAAAAAUCCAAAAAUCAAAUUUUUGGUCAAAUAUUUUUUUAAUAAAAAUCAAAUGGUGGUUCAAAUAUGUGGUAUAAUUUUUAUGAUAAAAUGGUUUUCUUGAAGCUAAUUUAAAUGUUAAUGGGGAUAUGUUUAUUUUAUAAAGCUACAAAAUCUGUUUUUUUUUUGUUGAACACUUAAGUCAGUACUAAGGCAUUUUACUGAUUUAAUAUAAAUGUAUAAUGGUAAUGAUUUUAAUGCUUUAAAAAGAUUAGGGUGAAAUUUAAACUCAAUGCUGCUAUUGUUGUAAUUGUCUUUCAGCUAGUGUCCAACACUCCAUAUACAGCCCCACUGAUGUUGAAGAAUGGAAGGAAGGCUGGUCAAGGAACUAUUACAGUAAGUCCUAAUGACAUAUAGUGUUAAUUUUAUCAAAUUAUUAUAAAUAUUGAUCUUUUCUUACUGUAAUUCAGAUGCAUUUUCAAUUUUUUUUUUAAUGUAUUCAUAUUUAUUUUAACUUUUUGCUCCAGGUUAGAACUGAAGAGAUCAAAGAGGGAUGUGAAACUGCCCUACUAACAUUUCGAGCCUCAAAGCUGGACAAAAAGGUAAAAAUGCUUUGUGCAAAGGUAAAAAAUCUUCUGUAUCACUGGCUAUUGGAUAUUUAAUGUUCAUUCAAAUUUAUUCCUAGUGCAUUAGCUCACUGAUUGGGGUACUAGGAAAAGUUGCAGGAGACAUGUCUGCAUCUCUAGUGUAGCUACUGAAACUUUCGUCGGGUGAAAAGAAUUAGAUGGGGGGUAGGGGGUUUGACAGCUUUGUAUAUUUUUAAAAAUAUUUACACUUCUAAAAAUUAUUAUUUUUUUACAACUUUUGUUGUUUUUUUUAAAUAAUUUGAUUGAUAGAUGCUUUCUCAAAAUUUCAGCUAAAUAUGACAAUAUGUCAGUCUGUAGAGAAAAAUCUGUUCAGAUGAAAACUUUUUUUUUAAAGCUUCAGCCCUCAGAAACUUACAAAAUAAACACUAUCUCAAUGAGAAAUUAUUUGUUCACUUUAUUUUUAUUAUUAGUUAAAUGGGCUUCAUCUUUUUAUGUUUUUUUUUUACAGGAUUUCUUUGGGAAAUCAGACCCUUACCUAGAAUUUUUAAGAGCAUCACCUGAUGGGAGCUGGCAAGUUGUACAUAGAACAGAAGUGAGUAGAAUAAGUCUGAGAUAGCUGUACAUAGAACUAAGAUGGGUGGAAUAUGUCUGGGAUUGCUUCUUUCCAAAAUUCAGUUUUACAAAUAUUGUUUCUUCUUAAUUAUUAGGUGAUCAAGAACAACUUGAAUCCAAGCUGGAGACCAUUUGAACUGUCCUUACAGAGUUUAUGUGGAGGAAAUAAGCAACAAACUAUCAAGGUUGGCAUCACAUGUCAUGGGGCAUUUAAAAAAAAAUUAUAUAUAUAUAGAGAAAGGAAGCAGAACAAAUAAAGCUAUAAGAGCUAAGUACUGCUACCAAUGCUCUUUUUCUAACUAGUUUUGACAAAACUGGCUUCCUUUAGGUUGAUUGCUAUGACUGGGACAAUGACGGCUCUCAUGAUUAUAUUGGAGGCUUCACAACAACCUUUGAUGAGAUGUUUAAAGCAGCUCAACAGGAAGUGAGUCAUUAAUCAUUUAAAUUUGUUUUAUAGGAAAUGCAUUAUUAACUGCAAAAAGUUAAUUUUUGUAUUCUACUGCAUUUUUCUCAUGGGGGGCAUGGGAUAAUUUACUUCCUCACUGUCCUAUUAUUUGCAUCAAAUGACUUCAGUUCAUCUUCCAACUUAAGUUUCUAUUUUUCGUUUACUAAGCUGCUGUAGCAAGCUAUUCAGAGUUUUUUUUUUUAUGUUUACUGGCUAGGCAGCUAAGCUAUUUGUCUUGGUCAGAACUCCAAGAACUGUUGGAAACCUUGCCAGUGUCGCUUAAAAAUAUUUAAAUGUACUUACAACUGCCUCCAGAUCUAACCUAAUAAUGGGAAAUGAAAUGGCUUAAUUUAAAGAAAAAUUAAAAGAUUUGAUCUCAUCAUUUGCAAUACUCUAAAACAUCUCUGUUUUUGUUGGGUUUUUUUUGCAUUUUUAGUGGGGGGUUUUUUUCUUUCAAUUUUUCCAAUACCAUAUUUACAGAAUUUAAAUAGUGUUAGAUCUCUAAAUAUUUUCCACUUUAAACUAACACGUGUUAAAAAAUAAAAGUAUCUUCCAUAUGGGCUUAAUUGUAGAAUUCUUCAGUUCUGUGCAAUGAAUUGUGUUUUUGUUGCUUAUAUUUUCCCUUGUCUUGUUUUUUUUUUUUUACUUGACUAGACUAAAAGAUAAUGUGACAUAAACUUUCAGGUCUCUUGGCCCUGUGUAAAUCAAGCAACGAAAGCCAAGAAGAGAAGUUACACCAACUCUGGCACUAUAUUCCUCACCUCUUGUAAAGUAAGUUAAAAAAUUAUGAACAAUAAUAAUGUCCUUUUAUUUUUAAACUAUCAUUGGGACUGUUGGAUUUUGACAAUAAAGGCAUGCACAAAGAAAAAGAAAAGUUUUACUUCUAUCUAUAAAAAAGUAAUACAUUUUUAUUCAAUAUGAAGUUAAUUACUUUUUUAUGUAAUGCUCUUUGCAAAUGGCAGUUCAUAAUUUCUAUAUGACAUAGAAUAUAACAUAAAAUUGAAACUACUUUUAACUAGACAUCAUUUCUUUCAUUUUCAGAUUUUGAAGGAAUAUUCAUUCCUAGAUUUUAUUACCAGUGGAAUGCAAAUAAAUUUUACUGUAAGUGGUUUUCUCAGUUAUUUUUAAUGGGUAGGUUAAUAAUGCUUGAAAGUUGGUUUUUCUUCUAAAAAAGCACCUUAAAUUCUCAGCAUCUUCUUUUUUUAAAAAAAAAAAAAAAAGUCCUCAUUGAUUAAAUAUUUUAUUUCCAGGUCGGCAUAGAUUUCACAGCCUCCAAUGGCAACCCUGGCCAGUCUUCAUCACUUCAUUACAUAAACCCAUAUCAACCCAAUGAGUACAUGGCCGCCAUCAAGGCUGUUGGGGAGGUUUGCCAGGAUUAUGAUACGUAAGUUUUACUUUUCAUUCACAAGCUUUGUAACACCCUGUUGAAAUUUUAAAGAGGACCGUGAGCUGAUGUGGCUGGGAGCUACACUGACAUGAUUUUGUAAAUUAACAAAACAAAGCAUGUUUACUCCUUUUGAAUUGCUGUGCUGGAUAUGGCAUAGUAAAUUUAAUUGUGCAGCAGUAUGCUUUCUUCUUUGUGAUAGUCAAUGAGUUUAUUUUAAAAAAUUAAUUUUUUUUUACUAAAUGGAAUACAGACCAUUAAUAUUAUCAUUGAUUCACAGAGCUAGAGACAUGACAUGGUCAAUGACCGUGAAGAAUGAACUGCAGGAGAGUAAUGAAAAUUGUAUUUUUGCAACCAUCAAAUUCAGAUAUUCUUUAUUUAUUUAUUUCAGUGACAAGCUUUUCCCAGUUUUGGGGUUUGGCGCCCGCAUACCACCUAAAAUGGAAGUGUCCCAUGAAUUUGCCAUAAACUUCAACCCUCAGAAUCCAUAUUGUCAAGGUUAUCUUCCUUCUGCCUUUUACUUCUUAUUCUUUUACAAAUACCGGUAGUAUUUAACUGAAUGUCAAAACUUCUUUUGAUUAAUUUCAAUAUCUGUGUCCAAAAUUUGUUUUUAAAUAUCUUUUGGUGAAUAUUUUGUGUUAGGGCCACAUCCUAUAUUGAUGUGGGAAAAAAUAUAUAAAUAUAUAUUUAUAUAUGUAUGUCUUUAUUUAUAGAAGCUGUGUGUAAAUCAAAGGACAAUAAUUUCACAAUUUGAUCACAUUGUCAUGUUUGGCAUGUUGUAAUGGGAUUUCAGUAUAAACUUGUAUAUAACCUUGGUUAUUAUUCCAUUAGGAAUUGACGGCAUCCUACAAGCAUACUUCAACUGUAUCCAACAAGUGCAGCUGUAUGGGCCAACCAAUGCUGCACCCAUCAUUUCCCAUGUAGCAAGGUUUGCUGCCACAGCUCAGAUGGAGGAGUCGUCAAAGGGGGCUCAUGUUAGUAGCUUUACAAAUUUUAAUGUUAAGAGCUGUUUUGUUGCAUCAAGUUCUCACAAAAAUAUAUAUGUUACGUCCAAAGCCCAAAAUUCGAGCAGUUUUUGAAAUGGCUGGCCAUUUCGCUCUUUGGCCAAGAGUUGUAGCCAAGGUCUGAUGUACCUGAAGAAAUUACCUGUGUGUAUACUACAUUGGCUGGCCAUUUCACGAACUGGUGGGAAAUCCCUGGCCAAAAUUCGAUGUACUGAUUCAAGACUAUCUUGCAGUUGUCAUGAAUGUCAAGAGCUUUUUCUGCAAUGUAGGAGAUGAACAUGGUGUUCUCAUAUGCCCAUUUUGGUCUACAUUAAAAACUGCUUACACUUCUUGAAUCCAUGAGCACAGAAAAAAAAUCACUAUGAACCUGGCCGAUCGCCUCAUGCCGUUUUGCAAACUGACUAGAAAAAUAAAUAAAAAAUUGUACUAAUGCUGGUACAUUUACAGCGACAUUGGCCAAGCUGCAAAUAUAUUGUAUAUAUAUAUAUGCUUAUAUAUAUUUAUAUAGAGUAGAAUUGCAUUGGUAAAUGUUUUAAAGCAGUAACUAAAGUAACUUUGUUUUUAAAAUGGAUUUUUAAAUCUCUUGUGGUUAAUGAACUAUGAGGUGCAGAAUUUGGAUUAUUUUGGAUUGGAUUUGUGAUUGUGUUAAACAAUAAUUAUUAUUUUUUUUAACCUCACAUAUUUUGAAGAAAAAAUUAUUGUUCGAAUGAAUAGACAAAAUUCUGGGGCAUCAUAUCCAAAUUUGCCUUUUAGCAAGGCACUGUAUUGAUGAAGUAGGGGUGGCAUUUAAGUUAUGUUGAGAACAGAGCCUCUAAGCUAUUUUCUAAAAGACUUUAUUAAUGGACUUUAAAUUGACAUUGCUGAUAUUAGGAUAAGGGCUUGUAUGUUAUUUGUAUAUAGUGUAAAAUUUAAUGGGUUAGAAUCUGACCUUUAUUUUGUCAUCAUCAAUAGUUCUUCUAUAUUGGUAUAUUCAGUAAUUGUAUUCAUAAUUAAAAAUCAAAAGACAAGGCUAUAAAGUAUCUGAAGUCAUAAUUUAUGUGCUAGGCUAUCAUUUUCAUUUGUUACAUUGUAAUGCUCUUGUAAUACAAACAAAACAUGUUUCACACCACAGUAAUAAACAUUACUUUACUUUAUCAAGGUAAAAGUAAAUGUGGUUCACACCACAGAAAUGUACAUCAUUUUAUCACGGUAAAAGUGGUAAAAGUAAAUGAUGUUAACACCACAAAAAUGAACAUUAUUUUAACAAGGCAAAAGUAAUCUUUAAAUAAUUCUCUAAUCUUUGUGAACUUCUCUCCAUUACCAUCUUUUAACAAUUAUUGUGAGAUAUUCAAUAACAGAGUUAAAGUUUGCUUACAUACAGACUUUUAGAAUAGUGUUUGGCCAGCUCUAAUACAUCUAUGAUUUAGUUGUUUCCAAAAAUUGACUCAUUUCUCUAUUCAAAAUAGGCCUACUUCAUAUUACUGAUGUUGACGGAUGGAGUUCUCAGCGACAUGUCCAACACAAGAACUGCCAUCGUAGAAGCUAGCAAACUCCCGAUGUCCCUCAUUAUUGUGGGUGUUGGUCAGGCAGACUUCAAGGACAUGGAAAUACUAGAUGGGGAUAAUGGUGUUUUAAGAGCAGCCAGUGGUGAACCAGCCAAACGAGAUAUUGUCCAGUUUGUACCAUUUAGAGACUUCAGAAAUGUAAGUAUGAGUUCCUUCCCUUCUUUUAGAAAGCAAACAAUAAAUGUUACAUUUGACGACCACAAACAACUACUUAUUGUCAUUUCUAUUUUCCUUGUUUUAACUUUUGCUGUGAAUCAAUGGGGUUCAGUCAUGCACUGAUAUUUUAGUUAAUCAAUUAUUAAAUUGAAAGAGCAGUUUUUCUGAAUGUUUUUUUUUUUCUUUUUAUAUUACAAUUUGUUAUUUGCUUCUAAAAAUAUAGUUUUUUUAUUGAUACUGAAAAACAAUAUAAUAUUAUAUGGAGCAGGGAAAUUGUUAUAUAGAGGAAUAUUGAUGGAAUGUAGAUUUGAAGCUGAAUGUUUAGCCUAGAUUGACAAAAAUUCAGUACAACUGCAUCAUUGUUACUUCAUAUGAUAAUCACUGUUGUGAAGAAGACUUUGUGUGUUAUGAAAACAAAAUGUAUGCAAGAGUUCCCUCUGAACUGUGUUGUCAUUUAGACUAAGGAUGCACCGCUUUAUUUAUCACAAGCUGUGUGUGGAGCUAGCUGGAGAAUUUUGCAGUCCAGAGGGUGAAUUGCUUUAAAACAGAAGUGAAGCAGCAUUGCAAUUUUACUCAUCUAUUAAUCCAUGUUCAAUUGCUUGCAUUCAAUGUCUGGUAUUUUUUCCCUAAUUUUUUCAGAGCAGUUCUGUUGAGCUGGCCAGACACGUCCUGGCAGAAGUCCCCAAGCAAGUCACAGAUUAUUACAAAAUGAGGUGCAUCCAGCCCAUAAAGAAACCUACAGUGUCGUAAACCUGAUGUUUCUUCACCAAGCUUAUCAAAUCGCUCAUUUAAAUUGUAAUGCUAGCUCUCCAACUAUUGGUUAGAUGAUGUACUACAAUAUAUAUUUAGCCAAUUAGAUAUUUUAUUUUUGAAAUAGUAAUCACUUAAUAUUUAGGAUGAUAACUUUCAAUGGUAUUUUUUUUCUUACCCUAAAAAUGUUUUGGGGGACAUAAAUAAAAUAUUUAUUAAUACAGAAAUCAUUUAGCAUAAAGAUACAAAUAAACUUAGGUGCUUUAAGCUCAUGACAAGUCAAAAUCAAGAAUGUGUUUUUAAUUUCCAGUGAACCCCUGCAUCCUGUAGACUUGCAUUAUAUGAACUCAAGAAAAUGGGUUCACUCAUCAAAGUUUAUUCAAUGGGAAUGACAAUCAUUCCUGUUGAUUUUAAUAAUUUUUGUUUGUUUAUAAUGUUGUAUAUAGUGCCUUUUACGUUUUUACUAAUUUCCGAUAGCUUAAGAGAUCUUUUAAAGAUUUUUUUACAGCCACCUCAGUCCACUUGUUGGACUCCGUUCAUGUUAGAGCUAGAGGUCUCUGGGAUUUCAGGUGCACAAUUCGCACAUUUAUGGGGCGUGGGGUUUAAAAAAAUAAAUAAAUUGUUCAUACCUUUCAACACUGGGAUUUUUAAAUGUGUUCAAUUAAAAAAUUAUCCUGUUUUCAGCCUAUGGAAAUACUAACAAAAAGAAAUGCACAAUAAAUAUUUGCAAUUUACUUAACAUUUCAGGAGAUUUAUUGCUUUAAGACCAUCUCAGGGGACUUUGGAGACACUAUGUGACAAUACACUGUUGCAUGACAACAGUUAUUUUCUUUGUGUGUUAAAUUAAGUUAUUAAAGGUUGAAAGUGGAACUGGGAAUCUCUUUGAGGUGUGAUGAACUUUUCUAAACAUUGUCAUUGCUCAAAUGUGCAGUGAAGUUUUCAGAAAAGGUAACUUUUUAUAUUAAUUUCAUGAUUCAAAUUUGUUAAAGCCAGGUGAUUUAAUAAAAAAAAACAAUUAAAUUAAGA